AUGCAAACGUACAAUAGCAAUAGUCGACAAGAAGGACUACGACUACCUUCCUUUGGAGAAUUAAGUGCUGCUACUGGUCGCCCCAUAGAAAGACCUACCAGUCCGUUAGAUAAUGGACUCGGAUAUGGACCAGGCAGUGCUUUUCCUACCCCAGAUGGCACUCAGCCUAGAGCACGGUAUGUAUUCCCUCCAGCAGCAGGUCCGCCAUCAGCGGGACCUCCAGUUUUUGCUGGCUUCCAACAACCCCAUGUACAACAACAGCCGCAACAGCGCCAUCACCACCAUCAGCCAGUACCACCUCCAAAGCAACAGCAGCAGCAGCAACAACAACAGCAACAACCGCCAUCGUCAACUGUAAUGGCUCCUCCUCUUCCAAUCCCACCUCAGAAUGAUACCAACGUUGGUCCAAGAUCUGGAUUAGACCCCCCUCAACUCCCACCGUAUCGCAACCAGACACAGCCAGCAGUUUUCGUAAAGGAGCCAAAUCAACCACCCCCAGCUAUGUUGAGCUUCCAUAGAUCCUCCCAUAGUGAACCUCUAAUAGCACUUGCCGACGCUUCGGAGAUGAUGUCCCAAAGAAAUGACAGUGACCCCCCGAUAGCGCAACAACAAAACCAAGAUGUCGGACUGCUUUAUGACAUAAGGGCGGGUGCGCUUGAAAUAGAUCAACUAAACCAGAAAAUACAGAGGAUCGCUCAAGACCUGCAAGGACUUUUGGAGAAUGGUUCCGUAACACCAAAGGUAAUAGAUGAAUUUCUAUUGAGACCAGAUUACGAAGAAUUAACGAAAAUGGCUUUUCAACUAGGUUUUAUGUCUUCUACGCUCCAUCGAUGGAUCCAGGCACAUGAGUUUCUUAAACAUAACGUGGAGAGGCAGGCCUCUGCCAUGAAUAGUAACAAUCCUAAUAACUCACACGCAAGUAACAACAGCGGAUCAAAUAACAAUAUCGCCGUGAUAUCCCCAACGUCCAAGCAAUCUAUGAACAAUCUCAGAAAGGAGUCAAUAUCCCUGAAAGUAUCACCUCAAACCCCAGUCACUAAAGCGCAGGAUACUUUAGACCUUGACAAUCGGGGUUCCCGAGCGAACAUUUCUACGAACAUUCCGCCGAGGUGCCUGCAAUGUGGGUCGGGGGACACACCAGAAUGGAGACGAGGACCUUACGGAGCUCGAACGUUGUGUAAUGCAUGUGGAUUGUUCCAUGCAAAACUGACUAAGAAGAAAGGCGCACCAGAAGCAGCCAGAAUAAUGCAAUCACGUAGAAGACUUGGAUUGGGUUCCGAGCGCCGGAUCUCUCUUCUAUCUGGCUCCGAGCUUGAGCAAGACCGAUGA